AUGUCAAGCUCUGAGGGCACCUAUCAGUUGCUAGGCCGCUUAGCAAACAAUGGUUUAACCUGGGUCUUGUCUUUGCACUCGUUCAACCUUCAACCCUUUGAUGAGGGGCAGUCCCAUGUCUUACUUUGGGGGGGUGGCCUAACGCACUGCCUCUCUGCUCUGGGCGAAAAGGCCAUCAACCUCGUGCCAUCACCUGCGGCAGCUAUCGGCAUGCUACAUUUCCUACAGUACAUCAUUGCUGUCGUAAUGCAAGAGGGGCAGCCCAUCUCUUUUAUGUUCAACCCGCCAUUCUUCAUGGCCGGCUUUUGCUCAACUAUGCCCGACGAAAACGAAGAGAAACAAAAAUGCAGCAAAGAUGCAAAAGGAAAUGGAGGCUGA